CAAAUUUAUCUUAGUGCAGCUGGUUGGAUAUAGCUCUUAUCAGCCUUGCACACUGCACCAGACCCAUAUAACAUGAACCAUUCCCAUCAAAAAUUCAUGCUUGACCUUGUUAUCAAUACAAUUGCAUGCAUUACACCCCCAUCAUUUAUGUCCUUGACUUCUACCAGGCUGUAACUGAUGUGUUACAUUCCUGAAGAAGAGCCCAUACCCGAAAUGUCGAUUCUCCUGCUCCUUGGAUGCUGCCUGAUCUGCGCUUUUCUAGCAACACAUUUUCAGCUCUGAUCUCCAGCAUCUGCAGUCCUCACUUUCUCCGAUAUUGAGAUGCCUGUGCAUAUUGAUGAUGUGAUGCACUUACUGUGCCACAUUUCAGAGGUGGAAAAGCUGCAAGUUGCAGUGAAAAAUUCUGGAAAAGGAGCACUUUUGGCAGGUGCAAUAGCAUUUGCAGGAGGCUUGGUCGGUGGUCCUCCAGGAAUAGCAGUUGGUGGUGUAGUUGGUGGAUUGUUGGGUGCCUGGAUGACGAGUGGACAGUUUAAACCAUUACCGCAGAUUAUUAUGGAACUUCCACCAAAUCAACAGCUGAUAUUAUCUAAAGAUGUGCGUAACAUUGUCCAGCAUUUAGACUGGACUGAUGCAGUACAACUGAUAUCAUUGGUGAUGGGAAAUACUGCCCUGAAGCAGGAGGUGAUGUCAGCAAUAAGUGCGUUUUUUUUGAGACAACUUAAUGCUGAGGUACGACACUUUGACUGAAACCUAUAUUAACAGCUUUUUCUAGAAAUUUAAAUGAAGUACCAUUUGCUGGAAUAUAAGAAGAGCAUUCAUUUUGCCUAUGCAAGUUCAAAGAUCUUUGAAGAAUGGGCUUUGGAUAAUGCUACAAUGACUUUAACCUGUAGGAUUCAUUAUGAAGAUUUAUACAUAGCUGACUUUGGAUUCAGCAUUCUCAAAAUAUGUUUUAACUUUUUGAGAGCCAUGUCCUGUUGAUGAUGUUAGUAGUAUUUUGGAAUUAAGCCUGGUUUGUAAACAAAGAAUAAUUCUGUUUGGAUAGACAUAAGAUCUAAUUAUCCUUAAUUUUGCUAUUUUCAAAGUCUUGUUAAUACUGUUUCAGUUGUAUUGCAAAUUGGUGUGCAAUGAAUUAAAUUGGCAAUUCCAUCACAAAAUUGGUAUUUACAACAAAUAUAUAAUCAUUUAAAACAUAUUGGCAGAGUGCAUGUUGGAAUGCUGUAGGCUAAUAUGUAACAGACCCUGGGCUCUCUCUGAAGAUAGAAGAAUUGAAUUUGACUAUUACCUGACUUGAGCUGAUGCAAGGAAAGAAAAUAUAGAUCUGAUCUGAAAUCCCAGUGAUCAAAUGUAAUUCAAGAAGAAUAUCAGAGCAACCAUUCCCUAAGUCUCAUGUAUAGCAAUAGCUUCUAAUGCUUUUUAGGAUCAAUCAUAAGGUAUAGAUCUCACCUGCAGAAUUGCAAUUGGCUCUACAAAAUCCAUAAGGCUAUUGGAAUACCACCACAUAUCACAAGCUGACAAUCAACCAAUAACAACCAGGAAUAAAUUCUGUUCCUCCCAGAAUGCUAAGAAUGUUCUUGAAAUAAUAUAAAUAUUCUGUCCUUAAAGAAAUAAUCCGGUAUAAAAAGGCAUAUAUAUAUUAUUUCAGAACUCGUGCUUAUGGACUGUGAAGAACCCACAAAAGGGAUCGCCUAGUCCUAAAUUAGAUCAGGUAGAAAAUGGACAGCGGAUGAAUAAUAGUAACUGUAGAAGCAAACUACAUGUUGGCAGUGCACUCAGUGAAUGAUAGGAUGCCUCCGAAUGUUUUACAAUAAACAAUAGACAUUGAAAAGCAAAAGAGCUAACUUCUCUGACAGGUGACAUCACCCUGCCUCAGUAAAGAACUGUGAAAAAGAGGCAGGAUAUUGGAGGAUGGAUUAGAUUUGAUGAAGGAGUGUCUCAAAACCAGCAAUCCCAGUUGAGAGGUAUGGUGGAUUUUGUGUUUUGCUUUAUUUUGGGGGUUAAGCAAUUCGGGUUGGGCAGUUUGCAGCGGUCAGGGGGAGUUCAACAGUCUCUUGGACAAUAGAAACUGUCAGGCACACAAAAAGCGAAUAAUUUGCAGGCUCAUUGUUGUGACAGUGGAGUACCUUUUCAAGCUGGAAAUUUCUCUCACACCUAACAAUGAUUCAGAUUCAUGCAUAACAACUUAAACACAAAACGUUGUUUUUUUUGGUCUUCAUUGUGUUUUAGAUAGCCUGUUUUGAAACAUUGUACCUGAAUCGAUUUGGUGUACACUAAGUUUAACGAUCCUCAAUCAAAUCACCCCAUAGUCUCUCUACCUUCAGCCAGUAUAGUAAUUAGGAUGGAGAUUGAGUUCUCCAAACAUCCUAAAAUGAUUGUGCUUUACUGGUCACGUUGGUAAUGCAGAAAAGGACUAGGCUCAGCUGGUGCAAGAAAUGCACUGAAAAUAUAUUCCUGCACAUGUCUUUGUUAAUAUGUGCAAGAUCACAGAACCUUUGAAACUGGGGUCCGCUGUAUCCUUACAAAAAUCAACUUUUGUUGAAUGAUGUAAUUUGUGAUUUUCAAUUUUGUAGUUUAGUAUAAUUAUAAAACGCUGUGAAUGCUGGCAAUCUGCAAUAAAUUCAGAAAAUGUUUGAAAUCUCCUGCUGUUCUGGCAGCAUCAGUGGCGAAUGAGUUCCAUUGAUUUUUGUCAGACUGAUCUUUUUCCACAGGUGCUGCUUGACCUGCUAAAUAUUUCUGGCAUUGUCUGUUUUUAUGUGUGGUUUAGUAAGACAGUUAAUGAAAUGAAUUGAGGUGAAUAUACUGUGGAGCAGACCAAGGUACAAAUUUAGCUUAAAUGGCUGGACAACCUGUGGUAACAUUGUGUUUCUAUUCUAACUAAAUUAUAUGGCCACAAGUUUUACAGUUUGUAAAAAGAAACUUUCUUCUACAAAAUACUAAUGAAGCUUAAUUUCAUUAUGGUCUUUGCCAUUAUGGUGAGAUCCCAGAUUUCCCAUUUUAAUGCUGCUUUUAGAAUUUCAUUCUGAAUUCUAAAUCAGCAUUAAGCCAAUCUCAACAUAGACACUGGUGAAUGUUCCAUGAAAUUCCUCCUUACCAGUCAUUUUGAAAUGUUUAAGACAUUUAUUUUGGGGAAAAUUAAUCUCGAUCAAAAUAGAACUGAAGAGAAUCCAUAGUAAGAAAGGUGCACUAUGGCAAAGGUGAAGGAAUGAAAAUGAGUUAAGUAAAUUUAUUUAGUGAAUGUCUCAGUGUCUUAUUCUCAUGUAUUUUGAGAAUUACCAGCAUCGGUCAAAGAGGCUGCAAUCUAUUCUACAAGAUGAUACAUUUUCUGAUGUUAACUUAGAGCCUUUAUUCAAAGGCAAUUUAUUUAAAGACGAUAUUUUCCAUGAUUUCUUGAACUAAAGUAUUAGAAAUAAUUUAAUAAGUUAGGAUAAUCCAGUUUUUUUUUCUUUUAUUGCCAUUUGCAGUUACUUGCAAAAUGUGAAAAACUCUUAAAAUAACAUAACUGCUUGAAUUGCUAAACUGUAUCAAAUUGUCUGUUUUUGCCUAUAAUUUUAUGCUGUCUUCAUGAUAUGUUGUACAAUGUCUUUAACUCUCCUGGCACAGAAUUCUGAUUCCCAGCACACAGAAGAGCAUCAGCCAUACACUACCCAUAAUGUUCCAUCCAUUAUAGACAGAAAUUCAGAAAUGCAUAGCUGGGUAGUAAACAUCAAUUACUGGAUGGCACCACAGAUUAAUUUACUGUGUUGAUAAUUGUCUUGAUUUGAAAGCAGCCCCUAUCGAUGGUUUGAAAAUCUCUUACAGUACAAAAAAACCUAAAGAUGGUAAGCUUGGGAAGUUUCUGUCAGUUGAAUGUUUAGGAUGUGCAAAUUAUUGGUAGAGUGGGAAAUGAAUUGUCCCUAAGUUGAUAAGAUCGACCAGAGAUGGUGUAGUUAGCACUUACUUCAAAGAGUGGAGGCAAAAUCUUUUUCUCAAGUGAAAAAAUAUAUCCUUAAGUCAUCUGGAGGACAAUUGUUUUUGGGUCCGAGGAGUUGUAAAGCUCUCAGCUGAAAACUAGAAGACACAGAAAAAAAAAAGUGGUGGAAAUACACAGAAGAUUUGGUAGUAUCUGUAGAGAGAGCAAUAGAGUUAGUGUUUCAGAUCAAGAAUUUAGAAAUGGGGUGUUCUUCUAUAGGCUGACCUCAAAUUGUUACUAUUUGAUAACCAGAGUCACAAACAUUCUUUUUUAAAAGCUUUCCAAAUUUAGUUGAAAGGAAUGUGUAAAUCAUUUAGGAAUUCAUGAACAAGAUUACAUUGAUCAUUUUUUGCAUGGUACACAAUAAAUAGCACUUAUUGUGCUGCAGUCAACCAGUCACAGGGAAUAGAAGGAUGUUUGUUAUGUAUAAUUUAACUGGAAAAUUGUAGAUUUAAUGAAAUAUUUUAAAACACAUAAAGGUGCUGAUAUGAUUCAUUGAAUUAACUAUUAGUCAAAAGCUGUUUUGAAGCUUAACAAUGUACCAUAUCAUUUCACAUAUCUGACUGUAUCAUCAAUGACUACAAAUAGUAGAAGUUAUGGAAAUGUUAAAAGGUGCACCUUGUCAUUGUCAGCUGGUUAUAUGGUCUAAUAAUAUGUUGUAUGUGAUCAUUAGACCAACAAUAGAAUUCAUAUUUCAAGGUUAUCUUUUUUAGAUCUGUAAUAGCAAUUGAUAAAUAUUAAUGCUGAACAGAUCCACAUUUUUGACCACUCAAAACAUAUUAACAAUUUGCCAUUGUCUCUUUAAUCAUAUUUUAUAAAUCUAGAAUCAAGAUCUUUAAUUUUAUUAAUAAUAUGCAUAUUCCACUAUUGGGCCCAAAUUUUUAACUGUGUAAAUGGAUAUGUUUUAAGUGAGUUAAAAUCUAACCUACAUUUUGUUUAUUCUGGAAUUUUGAGAGCCAUUGCAUGUGUUUUGGAGAGUAUGACAGCAAAUUAAUUAAAGUACAAUACUUAUGAUGUACUAAUGGGUCAUGACAAGGCAGCCUGUUGCUUUUGUUUACCGGAAGAUGAACUAAUGUUUGAAGUUGAACAAGAUUUUUGAUUGACCUCUGUUUCAUGUUAAUAAUAGUACCACUAACAUUGAUUUUGUUUUUUUUAAAUUAAUUUAACAAUGCCCCCUAGCUUACUUGUGCAGCAGUUUUCCUGUUAAAUUGGAGACCAUGGGCAAAUCUUCCUGUUCUGGAGACUGGAUGGCAGUGUGCCAGAGACCUGCCACCUUUCUAUUUCACCUGAAUUAAGUUGGAGGUUGAAAGGCCCAAGCAUGAUCUUCACACCCUGCCACCAGUUGAGACCUUUAAAUGGUCAAUUAAGGACCACACAAUGGCCUAUUCCCACCAGGACUGUGAUUAUCUCAGCUCCAAGUGUGGUGGGGGAGGGGGAACAAUUGAUCUGCCUGAUGUGCAGCUGAUCUGCGCAUGAUCAAAGGACUGGACAUAGGCCUAAGGAAAUGGUCACAAAGAGCCUGACACCCCUUAUUAAUCUCCCCAAAAUACAUAUAACUGACAUCUUGGUCCUUGCUGCAGGCACUGGGUUUGCAGUGAAAAGUCAGGAUGAAAAGUCAGCCAAUGACUCUGGAAGACACUGGCCAAUAUGAAAAGGAAAUUAAAUGGUAGAUGCUUUUGGAAUCAUCUUGAUUUCUUUCCCCACUUAUCUUGCCCCAUUUUAGAAGGAAAUAAUUUUGAUGGAAAGUCUCAUGAGAUUCAGUGAUGACCAGAAUUCUUGUAACUUUAUAGAAAACAAAAGCUUCCUGAAGAUAGUCAAACUUUAUUGGUUCUUGGACAGUAUGGAAGUAACUGUCUCUGAUUGGAAAGUUAGCUGUAAAAGUGGUGGUGAUUUUUAAAAUGUUUCAAAACAUUUCUGGUUACAAAAAUUAGCUAUCGAAUAAAAUAUGAAGGUGGUAGUCAUAUUAAUUUUUGAACCUAGUAUUUUGAUAGGGAAUCAUAUUUAAACCUUUGUGAUGAUUGACUAAAAUGUUUAUAAUUUAUUGUGGUUUUUAA